AAGGGAAUUCGUUCAAAAAUCUGCUAUUCUUAAACUGCGACAAACCCCUUGGGGUCCCUAAUUCGGAGAUCUCUGUAAUAUACUGAUCAUAGGGUGCAAAUAAUUGGGGAUUGAUAGUUGAAGAAUCGGGAAUAGAGGAAUCUCAUAAUGGGAACUGAAGAUGCUAGAGACCCGUUGAAAGGGGUUGACUGGAAAGCAAUUGGCAGUGAAUUGCAGAAGGACCCUAGUGCAAGUGGCAAAUCAGUUGUGAAGAAGCGGCUUCCCAGGAAGAUUCGACAAAUUCCUGACUGUUAUUUCCUUCCUCGGAUGUCGAUGCCCUCUGCUAUUGCCUUCUGUGGAGCAUGUAUUGCUGGUGGAAUUGGUGCUGGGAUGCUGCUGGAGGUCUGGAUAAACAAGAAAAUCAAAGAGGAUGGAGGUGUGAUAUGGGAGUUCGACAAAUAGAUCCACAAGAUAAUAUGAGUUCUCAUAUCUCCCGGGUCCAUCUUUCUUCUUGCUUAGACUUUGGACAUGACACUUAGGUAGCCAGUAAGAAGUUUGUACUUGUUUGAAGCUGUUUUAUCCAUGUAGUUAUUCUACAGCUAAUCAAUUAGUAAUUUUUUUCAUAUUUAUCUCAGCAGUAAUUAAGGAGAAAUAAAAUUGACUAUAUGUAAAAUUGACUAUAUAUUUGUUCAGAUUCUAAGGUUGUUUCCAAUAUCCCAUGGGAUGUUGCUUUCUGUUUUGCUUUGUGGGGAAUCUGGCUGCAUUGUAAACAAGUCCUUCAUAGACCUUACCCUCAUCCUGAAGCGGUUACCAAAGGCUUGAUUAUCCCCAUCUUCGGACGCCUUAGACCAAAGUUGUCAAUACCGUAUUAGUGUAUGUA